AUGGCGCAUGGCACGGACGAGUAUGGGCUAAAGCGGUCGUCGGGUGUGGACUACAGCCAAGUGCAGGACCGGCAGAUCGACGACCAGCGGUUCGAGCGUCAGCGUCGCAUCCGAGCAGCCUCAUCAGCGCCACGUGCAGAGCAGCCGCCCACAAAAGGCGGAGCGAACGCUGGGGUCGUGCAAUCUGCGACGAUGGACGCGUUUAUGCGCAUGGUGACAGGCAAAGACGAGCGCACGAUUGCCGACCGCAUCAGCGAUCCAAACCGCCCCACGUGGGAGCAGUACAAGAAGGAGAACGCCGACAAGCUGGACCUGAAUGGCAACGAGGAGAAGGCAAUGAAGGAGUAUCGGAGAAAGCUGGAUGCUUCCAGGGAAAAGAAACUGGCUGGAGGUAGCGGGUCGAAGAAGAGGAAGAAGAAACACAAGAAACAUGCACGCUCGUCGUCUUCGUCGUCUGAUGAUGAUGACAAUGACAGUAGCACGGAAGAUGAACGCCGACGCUCAAAGCACAAGAGCCGCAAGAAAAGGAAAAGCUACAAGCGACGAAACAAGUCGUUGGACUUGGGCGAGAGCCACUCGAACCCGAAGGAAGACUGUCGCUCGCGACGACAUGAACGCUCCAAGGAGACUCGAAAGCUGUCGCACAAGAAAGAGAAACGAGACGCUGUUCCCUCGCCCAUGCGUCUCUCGUCCUUCCUGCAGCGACCGAGCGACGGUUCAGACCUUCAAUCGCAUUCUGCAUUUGGACAGCUACUGCGCCAGGGUGUGCAGCUCAAGGUCCAGCAGCAACAGGGCAAAGCAAACUCGUCUGACGCGAGAAGCCUUCACGCCGAAAAAAGCGACGACGCGCGACGAGCUUUGCUGCUCGAACGCAACGUCAUCACAAGUGACAAAGCGGCUGCGUGGCAGACGCUCGCGUGGCGCGAUGUCUUUUCUAUGGCGCCGUACUUUGAGGAAAGCGUGGGCGGUAAGCCGCUUCGUAUCAAACAGGAGCUGCAAGGGGAGCUCAACGGCUUUGGCACGGGCCUCACCGUGUGGCCUGCUGCUUGCGUGCUCUUAAAGCAUCUAGAGCAUCGAGUGGCCAGCGGGUGGCGAGGGUUAGCACAUACGGACAAGCCGUUCGUGCUGGAGCUAGGAAGCGGUACCGGCGCUGUGGGUAUUGCAGUGGCAAUGCUGCUUCAAGCUGGGCGAGUGGUGCUCACGGACAUGGACAAUGUCCGCUUCAUCAUGGAAGAGAACGUGGCCUUGGCUCGACAAGAUGGUGUGCUUGGCAGAAACGUUGUCGUAGAUGUUGAAGGCUACGAAUGGGGGCAGCCUCCGUCAAAGACUCUUAUCUCUUCUCCAGACGAACGCUAUCCGGAUCUCAUCCUUGUGUCGGACUGCAUCCUGCCACGUCUGUACCCGAUGGAGCCACUCGUCGAGGCCUUGAAACUUCUCAGUAGACCACACACUCGUAUUCUCAUUUCGUACGAGCAUCGUCAUUACCAGCACUUCCAGCCCAAGCAAAAGUUUUGGAACCUCAUGGAGGCAACCGGGUUCACGCUCAGGGUGCUCAACACUGCUGAAUAUCAUCCAUUGUACGUUGCCUCGGAUAUUGAGAUAUGGGAGAUCACUCCACCCGCUUCCAUACAUGGAGCUUUGUAA